AUGGGAACUUCGAGUGCAAAUGACAUGGACGUGGUCGUGGACGUGGACGUGGACGUGGACAUGGACAUGGACAUGGACGUGGACAUGGACGUGGACGUGGACAUGGACGUGGACGUGGACAUGGACGUGGACAUGGACGUGGACGUGGACAGGGACGUGGACGUGGACGUGGACGUGGACAGGGACGUGGACGUGGACGUGGACGUGGACGUGCACGUGGUCGUGGACGUGGACGUGGACGUAGACGUGGACGUGGACCUGGACGGGGACGUGGACGUGGACCUGGACGUGGACGUGGACACGGACAUGGACGUGGACGUGGACGCGGACAUGGACGGGGACGUGGACGCGGACGUGGACGUGGACGUGGACGUGGACGUGGACGUGGACCUGGACGCGGACAUGGACGUGGACAUGGACGUAGACGCGGACGUGGAGGACUUGGACGUGGACAUGGACGUGGACAUAGACGUGGACGUGGACGUGGACGUGGACAUGGACGUGGACGUGGACGUGGACGUGGACGUAGACGUGGACGUAGACGUGGACGUGGACGUAGACGUGGACGUGGACGUGGACGUGGACGUCGACGUGGACGUGGACGUGGACGUGGACGUAGACGUGGACGUGGACGUGGACGUGGACGUGGUCGUGGACGUGGACGUGGACGUGGACGUGGACGUGGACGUGGACGUGGAGGUGGACGUGGACGUGGACGUGGACGUGGACGUGGACGUGGAGGUGGAGGUGGACGUGGACAUGGACGUGGAGGUGGACGUGGAGGUGGACGUGGACGUGGUCGUGGACGUGACGUGGACGUGGACGUGGACGCGGACGUGGACGUGGACGUGGACGCGGACGCGGACGUGGACGUGGACGCGGACGCUGACGUGGACGUGGACGUGGACGUGGACGUGGACGUGGACGACGUGGACGUGGACGUGGACGUGGACGUGGACGUGGAUACGUGGACAUGGACGUGGACGUGGACGUGACGUGGACGUGGACGUGGACGUGGACGUGGACAUGGACAUGGACGUGGACGUGGACGUGGACAUGGAGGUGGACGUGGACGUGGACGUGGACAUGGACGUGGACAUGGACGUGGACGUGGACGUGGACAUGGACGUGGACAUGGACAUGGACGUGGACGUGGACGUGGACGACGUGGAUGUGGACGUGGACGUGGAGGACGUAGACGUGGACAUGGACGUGAACGUGGACGUGGACGUGGAGGACUUGGACCUGGACAUGGACGUGGACGUGGACGUGGACAUGGACGUGGACGUGGACGUGGACGUGGAAGUGGACGUGGACGUGGACAUGGACGUGGAGGUCGACGUGGACGUGGACGUGGACAUGGACCUGGACAUGGACGUGGACGUGGACGUGGACGUGGACAUGGACGUGGACGUGCACAUGGUCGUGGACGUGGACGUGGACGUGGACGUGGACAUGGUCGUGGACGUGGACGUGGACGUGGACAUGGACGUGGACGUGCACAUGGUUGUGGACGUGGACGUGGACGUGGACAUGGACGUGGACGUGGACAUGGACGUGGACAUGGACGUGGACAUGGACGUGGACGUGGACAUGGACGUGGACGUGGACAUGGACGUGGACAUGGACGUGGACAUGGACGUGGACAUGGACGUGGACGUGGACGUGGGCGUGGACGUGGACGUGGACGUGGACGUGGAGAUGGACGUGGACGUGGACGUGGAGGACUUGGACGUGGAGAUGGACGUUGACGUGGACGUGGAUGUGGACGUGGACGUGGACGUGGACAUGUACGUGGACGUGGACAUGGACGUGGACAUGUACGUGGACGUCGACGUGGAAGUGGACGUGGACGUGGAGAACUUGGACGUGGACAUGGACGUGGACAUGGACGUGGACGUGGAUGUGGACGAAGACAUGGUCGUGGAUGUGGACGUGGACGUGGACGUGGACGUGGACGUGGACAUGGACUUAGACGUGGACGUGGACGUGGACGUGGACGUGGACGUGGUCGUGGACGUGGACGUGGUCGUGGACAUGGACGUGGACGUGGACAUGGACAUGGACGUGGACGUGGACGUAGACAUGGACGUUGACCUGGACGUGGACGAGGACGUGGACGUGGACAUGGACGUGGACGUGGACGUAGACAGGGACAUGGACUUGGACAUGGACGUGGACGUGGACAUGGACGUGGACGUGGACAUGGACAUGGACAUGGACGUGGACGUCAACGUGGACGUGGACAUAGACGUGGACGUGGACGUGGACAUGGAUAUGGACACUUCCGAUACUGACCGACCUGGCCAAUGCACCAUUUUCUCUAUACAUGUGCAUUGA